AUGUUACCAGCCGCUGACUCACCCAUGUUACCAGCCGCUGACUCACCCAUGUUACCAGCCGCUGACUCACCCAUGUUACCAGCCGCUGACUCACCCAUGUUACCAGCCGCUGACUCACCCAUGUUACCAGCCGCUGACUCACCCAUGUUACCAGCCGCUGACUCACCCAUGUUACCAGCCGCUGACUCACCCAUGUUACCAGCCGCUGACUCACCCAUGUUACCAGCCGCUGACUCACCCAUGUUACCAGCCGCUGACUCACCCAUGUUACCAGCCGCUGACUCACCCAUGUUACCAGCCGCUGACUCACCCAUGUUACCAGCCGCUGACUCACCCAUGUUACCAGCCGCUGACUCACCCAUGUUACCAGCCGCUGACUCACCCAUGUUACCAGCCGCUGACUCACCCAUGUUACCAGCCGCUGACUCACCCAUGUUACCAGCCGCUGACUCACCCAUGUUACCAGCCGCUGACUCACCCAUGUUACCAGCCGCUGACUCACCCAUGUUACCAGCCGCUGACUCACCCAUGUUACCAGCCGCUGACUCACCCAUGUUACCAGCCGCUGACUCACCCAUGUUACCAGCCGCUGACUCACCCAUGUUACCAGCCGCUGACUCACCCAUGUUACCAGCCGCUGACUCACCCAUGUUACCAGCCGCUGACUCACCCAUGUUACCAGCCGCUGACUCACCCAUGUUACCAGCCGCUGACUCACCCAUGUUACCAGCCGCUGACUCACCCAUGUUACCAGCCGCUGACUCACCCAUGUUACCAGCCGCUGACUCACCCAUGUUACCAGCCGCUGACUCACCCAUGUUACCAGCCGCUGACUCACCCAUGUUACCAGCCGCUUACUCACCCAUGUUACCAGCCGCUGAUUCACCCCCAAAGACACCCAUGUGUUCUUUGGGUCAAGACGGCGUCAUUGUGGCUCUAUAUGUCUUGGGAACAUAA